AUGGAUAAUGAUUUGAAAAACAAGGCCACCCUUAUAUUCAAUGGCUUAAAUCGCUAUUUAAAUCUGCUCAAUUAUAAGCCUUCUGACUAUUUAAAAUAUAAUUUUUUCGGGUCAAGUAAUUUUUUGGAAAAGGGGUCCUCAAGACCAGAUUCCAAACACACACGUUAUUACGACCGACUAUGUGGUUCUAUCGCACAUGAUUUGGAUUUUGAUGUGAAUCCUAACACGAUUCUAUCAGAUAUUUUGUACGAGGCGGACUCUAUAGGCCUCGAUUCAAGGACUUCACUGUCGUACAUCAACAAGGUUGAUCCUGCAGACUCAGUCAUUAUGUCCCAGGAGAGCGAAGCACUGGAAGAAAUCGGUUCCAGUGAAAGCGAAGAGAAGGCAGAUUCGAAUGAAAAGUAUGAACUGAUAAGCAAUUUGAGCAGUGAUAGGAGCAGUGUUAAGGGCAAUGAGUCGGAUGAUAGAGUAUUUGUGGGCACUGCGGACUCGAAUUUCGUCAAUUACACAUAUUGGUCCGUUGAAACUGGCGAUAACGUCAGCACCACGUCAAAACCCUUGUAUUUUAGCGAUAAAAAAUGUACAAUAUCCCUUCUGCAGGAAGCCGAGGCUUUUGUCGCCAGCGUGCUUUGGCACUCGCAAAACAGUUUUAAGCACACACCGAGGCACUUACUAUUCCAUGUCACUCAAAUCGCUAACAGGGCGUUUUUCGAUCCAGAUUAUCGCAAGUAUCUCCAAUUAAACUAUGUUUAG